AAUGGAAUCUAGGAUCAUAUGGGGUGUAGAAAUCACUAUAUCAAAUUACAUUUCUCCAUUUCAUCACCUAAUUUCCACACAUUCCCCCGUUAACACCUUAACUAUCUUAGUUAUUUUAUGGCAAGUUAACGGUUGAAAUUUUAAAAAUUUUUAAAAAUUCUGAAAACUUUAAAAUGUUAAAAUAUGUUAAUGUGAGAUGAAAUUAAUAAUUUUAAAUGUGAUAAUAAUAUUAAUUGAGUGUCGAAAAGUGUUUGAUAUAGAGGACGAAUAUUUGUCUAGUAACUUGAUCAAGGACGAGGAGAAUACUUCCAUUUUAUAUCGCCUUACGUUGUCUGAUGUUCCUUCAUUCACCAACGCCGAAGACUUCAAAGUUGAUCUCUUAGCUUCACAAUUUAUCAUCGUUAAUGUUAAUAAUACAAAUAUACAAUGGAGAAUUAAGCUAGACAAUAGGGUACCAAAUCAUUUAAUAUUUUACCCAGAGUUCACAGUGUCACUACUAUCAGCAAAUAAGAAAUUAUCCACCUGGGAAGUGUUUAUAAGAAUUCCGAAGGUUUUUAACUUUACUCCGCAACUUCUCAAGACAUAACAAUUUUACAAUGUUUUAUCAGAUUA